AUGUGAUUUAUUGUGUCGUGAUAAGACAAUAGGAACAAAAGCCAGAAGGCCAGAAAAGCCCUCUGUAGUGCCCAGGCACGGUGAAAGGGUCCUUGCUAGUAGCCUGUCGCUUUUGUUGCCUUGAAGGGUAAGAGCUGCGCCGAGGACACAGGGCUGGCGGUGCUGAGAGCCCCUGGGAGCUCCGGGUCGGCUGGUGGGCAACAAACCUGCAAGUGCCCGAGCGCCCGGCGGGCCGGGGAAGGCGCCGGCGGCAGGUGUGCGGACGGGGACCACCGCCGGCCGGCCCGGCAGCGCCACUCCGCGUGGGGGCGCCGCCGCCAGGCGUCCCCAGCGCGGUCCGGGACCCUGCGCUCAGGGCCGGGAUCGGCGGGCGGGAGAGGGAGGAGCCGCGCGGACCCGCCGCAGCCCGGCCGGCGCCCGGCGGCGGGGGAAAGCGAAAGAGCGGCGGGGCCUCGGCGCGCCGCUCCAGGAAGUGGCGAGCAGGAAGCUCCCGCCGGCCGGCGGGCUGCGGGGCCCGGGCCUCCCGGCAGGUGAGAAGCGCGCGCGGGCGGCGGCGGCGGCCCGACCUCCCCGCGCACCUGCGGGCGGCCGCGCGCACCUGCCGCCCGGGGCCGCGCUCGGGCCGGCGCGCUGCGGGCUUGGCCCGGGCGCCGGCGUCUUCGGUUGGCUUCAUCCGGAGGGCGGGCGGGGGCGGCCUCACGCUCGCUUCGUGGAGGAAAGUCUUUGAAGCGGGGGACCUAGGAGAGUGUCCCUGGGCGACAAUGCCCGGCGUCUGGUGCUCGGCGAUGCUGCUGUUCCGGGGAAGUGGAGGCAGAGGGCGCGGUCCGGGGCGGGCGGCCACUUGCUGAAGCCCCUGGCAGGGGUUCGCUUAGCUGUCCCGCCUGGUCCCUUCCGCAUCCUGGCGGUGACAGCCGGGGGUCUAGGCAGCCGCCGGGAGGAGACCCGCGCAUUGUCUGCGGCGCGAUGGGGCCGUGGGCGUGCCGGCUGCGUCCACCUCCUCCCGGACCCGGCCACUGCAUUGUACCGGGGAGGAGCCGGCCGAAAAGCCCUCGGGUGAGCUCGGAACCCAGCACCCAGGGCCUUCGGCUUGUUUGCCUGCUGAGCAGCUGGUUCCCGGAGCCCGAGAGCCUCCAGCCAACCCGAGUGACAGCGACCUCCUGCUUAUAAUAAAGGGCUUACGCGGGCGGAAAGUUCCCCGGCCGCUUACCGCCCGCCUCCCGCUGUGGCCCACGCCCUGAGCCGGGUUACGGAGGGGGUGCUGUCUGCGGAUUUGCAUCGGAACUCAGGAUCCUGGAAGCCCCUUCCCCCACCCAGGUUGGAAUUGCUGAAGGAGGAAUUCCGAAGCCUGCCUUUUCCUGGUCCCGGAGCUCGCUGCCUGGAAGCUGCUGCCUGCGUGUCCUCGAACUUAAAUUGUGUGAAGUUGUGAGUUGAGUGCCAUCCCCUGCUGGAAAGAGGCAGGUCGAGACCCAGGACCCAGCGGCACACCUGCUCCUCUGCUACCAGGCCGUGCAGGCCGAGACGGGGUCUGGAGCCAGGACCUUCGACCUGUUGGUGAGGCAUCUCAUUCCGUGACCAAAGCUCCAAGGCCAGUGACACUGUAGAUGGCUCGACUUCCUGUGGGCAUCCGCUUCAUCAUCUCUUUCUCCAGGGAUCAGUGGUACAGAGCCUUCAUUUUCGUUUUGACGUUUCUGCUGUAUGCCAGUUUUCACUUAUCUCGAAAGCCAAUCAGCAUCGUUAAGUGGGCCUCCCCAGAAACGCCAGGGUGGAGGAGAUGCGAGAAGGGUGGCGGUGAGCUCCACAAGCACUGUGCCGCUGGCGACGAGGCUGAGCCCAGAUUCAGCGGCCAGGGCAGCAGCUCCGGGCACGGGCCCCCUCACCAGCUCCCGGACAACGAGACUGACUGUGGCUGGGCCCCGUUUGAUAAGAACAACUAUCAGCAGCUGCUCGGGGCCUUGGACUACUCCUUCCUGUGUGCCUAUGCUAUUGGGAUGUACCUGAGUGGCAUAAUAGGGGAACGCCUGCCCAUCAGAUAUUACCUGACCUUCGGGAUGCUCGCCAGCGGAGCCUUCACCGCCCUGUUCGGGUUGGGGUAUUUCUAUGACGUCCACAGUCUGGGAUUCUACGUCGUCACUCAGAUCCUCAAUGGACUGGUGCAGACCACCGGCUGGCCCAGCGUCGUCACCUGCCUCGGCAACUGGUUUGGGAAAGGAAGGCGAGGGCUGAUCAUGGGCGUCUGGAACUCCCACACCUCCGUGGGCAACAUUCUGGGCUCCUUGAUUGCUGGCUACUGGGUGUCCACGUGCUGGGGCCUGUCCUUCGUCGUGCCUGGGGCCAUCGUGGCAGCCAUGGGGAUAGUGUGCUUCCUCUUUCUUAUUGAACAUCCCAAGGACAUCAGAUGCUCCUCCACCCUGUCCACGCAUUCAAAAGGCUAUGAGAGUGCAGCCGACCGGUUCAGACUCCAGAAGCCAGCCUUGCACGGCGAGAAGAGCAGGCCUCUGGACCCAGAGAUGCAGUGCUUACUGCUGGCGGAUGGGAAAAGCUCCAUCUGUCCGAGCCAUGUCGUCGUCCUCCCGGGGGACAGUGGAAGCAGCACGGCCGCCAUCAGCUUCACCGGGGCCUUGAGAAUCCCUCGCGCUCUCUUCCAGGGCGUGGCCGAGUUCUCCCUCUGCUUGCUGUUCGCCAAGCUGGUCAGCUACACGUUCCUCUUCUGGCUCCCGAUGUACAUCACCAGCGUGGACCACCUGGAUGCCAAGAAAGCCGGCCAGCUCUCCACCUUGUUCGACGUGGGCGGGAUCUUCGGUGGGAUCCUGGCAGGUGUCGUCUCCGACCGACUGGAGAAACGGGCCUCCACCUGCGGCCUGAUGCUGCUGCUCGCGGCCCCCACGCUCUACGUAUUCUCCACCGUCAGCAAGAUGGGCCUAGAAGCCACCAUAGCCAUGCUGCUCCUCAGCGGGGCCCUGGUCAGCGGGCCCUACGCGCUCAUCACCACCGCCGUCUCCGCCGACCUGGGCACGCACAAGAGUCUGAAAGGGAACGCUCACGCCCUCUCCACCGUGACGGCCAUCAUCGACGGCACCGGGUCGGUAGGAGCAGCCCUGGGCCCCCUGCUGGCGGGACUCAUCUCCCCCUCGGGCUGGAGCAACGUCUUCUACAUGCUCAUGUUCGCAGACGCCUGUGCCUUACUGUUCCUGAUCCGCCUCAUACACAAGGAGCUGAGCUGCCCGGGGCCCACAGCAGGGGACCAGGCUCCGCUGAAGGAACACUGACCCCAAAGUCCCACAAGGCUGAGCCCGUCCUUCAUAACCUGUGGAGAGCACUGAGAAGAGGGUCCUGUCCUGAUGGCUCACCCUGGCCUUUUGCACACACACCUGGAAAAGACAGAAGCCACCUGAGAAUU